AUGAUAGUGCUAUCGGCGGCGCUGCCGGCGAGGGGCAGGGUUCUCCUGGCAGCGGCGGCGGGAGGCUCCUUUGGCCGGAGGCUGCUGCUCCGGUCUCUGCUCAUCCUCCGUUCCGCUGAAGGAGGCGGCGGCGGAAGGGGCAUCUGCUCUGCGCAGUGUCGGGGUGGAGAGGGAGCGACAGCGACGGUGGGGAGUUCGAAGAUGAGCCAGAAGGAGCCGCAGGUGCAUGAGAUUGGGGACUGGUACUCCGUGCCGGAUCUGAGCCUGCGAGAUCAUCGGUUCGCCGUCCCUCUCGAUUACUCCUCCCCGGAUGGCCCCAGGAUCUCCGUCUUCGCUCGGGAGGUCGUGCUAGGUACGACGGUGGCUCGAAUUAUCUCCUCACGCAAAAUCCUCAACGCCGUGCUCGAAUCAUCUUUAAGACUAUUUUCGUGUGGCGUCUUCGCGUAUGGUUAAUGUGUGGACGGAAGAGGAACGUUUGUGUGGGGUCGGAACUUCUGUUUUUUAAUGAAGGUUGCUUGAACCUCUUUUCUCUUUAUUGUAAGAGCGUCAGUCUUGCCUCAGCUAAGCAUUCUAAGAAUUAUUUGUGUCAUUGAGGAUUCCCGCGACUAAUAGCUACAUUUUACGGAGCCGUUAACAUCGGAAUCAGGAAGGGUCGCUUGAAUUUUCUUUUUUCAUUUUUUUACCACGGAUCUUCUUCAUCUUCGUUAAAUCCUGCGUUGAAAAUAACCACCGAUCCGUAGAAAUUAUUCCUCUUGGUGAUUUUUGAUUUCAAAGUGGUCAUAAAGAAGAAGCAUGCCUACUGUUAGAUUUCCUUUUUGAAAGAUCAGCAAAGAAAAUCAGAGAACGCUAAGGAGCGUCGGGAAAUGAUCCUCUUAAGAUCCGGUCGCUUCAGGUAUUUUCUUCAACGUCGUAUGAGCUCCUCGUACGACUAAAAUACAGUUCGGCUACGAUGCUCCUUCUGAUGAUUCCACUGCGGACGUCAUAUAUUGCCUCGAAAAUAUUACCCGUCAAGGUCAUUUCCUUUGCUAUUUAUUUUCUGAAGUCAUUUACUUUCCUUUACUCCAAUUUUUAUGCUGCAGCUGGGAAAGAAGCUCAGCAUCUACCUUAUCUACUAUACUUACAAGGUGGACCUGGGUUUGAGAGUCCUCGCCCAACUGAAGCUAGUGGAUGGCUGAAGAAAGCUUGUGACGAGCAUCGUGUGGUUUUCUUGGACCAGGCAGGCUCUUCUAGACACAAACCUUUGCUUCUGUAUUUGUUGUGCGUUCUGCACGCCGUUUAUUGGGAAUGGCUUUCAUUUGGCAGCGUGGAACAGGAUUGUCGACUCCUUUGACAGUUUCAUCUUUGAUGCAAUUCACUUCGGCGAAGAAACUGGUUGAUUAUGUGAAACAUUUUCGAGCGGAUAGUAUAGUGAAUGACGCUGAGUUUAUACGUGUCCGUCUUGUACCAGAUGCUGAGCCUUGGACAGUGCUCGGGCAGGUACAGAUAUUGUAUUAUUUUAACUGAAACGGAUCAUUACAGAUGACAGCAUAGAAAAAUGUGGCGCGCCGUCUGAUCAAAAUUUGGAACACAUUAAGCAAUUUUUUUUUUCUAGAAGUAGAAUUUUGUUGUCGAGAAGUGUUUAAUGAAAUUUAUAAUCUUACGGAGGUCAGGUCAAAAUGUAAAAUCAAAACUAUAGCUUAUAAAUAGCGCCCGCUGUGUUUUUGUUUAUUUUUCAGCUUACAGUGCCAAUAUUCACCUAUAAUUAUUCAAUUUAUUAUUAUUUUCUGUUUAGAGCUACGGUGGAUUCUGUGCAGUCACUUACUUGAGUUUUGCACCACAAGGCCUGAGAUGUGUACUGUUGACUGGUGGGCUCCCACCUAUUGGAAAGGACUGUACUGCUGAUGACGUUUACAGAGCGUGCUUUGACCAAGUUGUGCAGCAGAAUGAGAAAUACUACAAAAGGUUUCCUGAAGACGUUUCUGUUAUCAAUGAACUUGUUAUUUACUUGAGUGAGGCUGAAGGUGGUGGGGUAAGUUGCAUCAGUCUCGUGCAUAAUUAUGGUAAUAAUUUUAAAUAUUGAAUCAACAAAAAUAUGUGUUUAUGCUUUUUGCGUCAGGUUCCUCUUCCAUCUGGGGGCAUAUUGACUCCUAGGGGACUCCAGAAUCUUGGGCUUGUGGGUUUGGGAUCAAGCACCGGUUUUGAACGUUUGCAUUACAUGUAAGUUUCAAUGGACUUUGGUUUUUUUUUUUUUCCAUGGGGUGUACCAAUACCUUCAGGUCAACCAUCGUCUAUUCAGAACUGUUGAAUUCAUUGCAGGUUUGAAAGAGCCUGGGAUCCCAUACUGGUUCCUGGAGCACCAAAGCGUAUUAGUUACUAUUUCUUGAAAUCUGUAAGCAUCUGUAUAGGUUUUCAAAUUAUCCUUAAUCUAGAUCUGACGAACUUAGGUGUUCAGCAUCACGUGGAUUAAUUUUCCUUUCACCUACAUUCUUUUCCUUUCAUACUUGCAAGGUGGAGUAUCCUUACUAUUCCAUUCUCUCACUAGAUAUUACCGGUGUGCCGUCUAAAUGUGAUUUUAUGAGAUUUUGUGGAUCCAACUAAUAUUUUUUUUUGCUUUGUUCUAAGUGGAUGUUAUCAUCUGAAAAAGAUUAUUUUGUGGAUUCUGCAGUUCGAGAGCUGGAUAUCAUUCGACACAAACCCGCUCUAUGCUCUUUUGCAUGAAUCCAUUUAUUGCCAGGUGUUAUCCUCUGCAGCCUAGUUUUCACGACCUAAGUUGUCUUGUUUAAGUCGGCGGGCACCGGGUAACCGUGUGUUUAAGUUUGGUGCUUCUUGCUUAUAAUGGUACCGUUGACUAUUAUUAGGGCGCUUCAUCGAAGUGGUCUGCUCACAAAAUAAGGAAUUCACUAGACAACGUGUUUGAUGCAGUCAGAGCAGCAAGAGAAUCUCGCCCUGUAUUUUUCACUGGAGAGGUAAGUGAAAUGCAUGUCUUGGAAAGAAUAAAAUGCUAUUCUGGGCCAUUUUUUUAAUUAGUUCAUAUCAUUCGUUUAAAUAUCUUCUAUAAAUAUGAUGUGCACCCGCCGGAUAAUCAUCAGAAUAGUUGACAAAAAUCCCAUGAUACGGUUGCUUGUUCCUCAUUUCCUUCCAAUCUUCGCCCAAGUUCUUGUUACCAAUCACUGAUCUUUUCUCAAGAUAGAAAAAUUUCUUAUAGCUUUGGAUUAUGAAGAACCGAUAUUCAUUGACCAAACGCUCACACCAUCGACGCGUAGUUACUCUCUCGAUCAUAUGUGCGAGGAGUUAGAGAAAUAUCUGUGGAUCGUCGAAGGGGGAUCAUGUUUCCUGAAAUAGCUCGGUUGAGCUUCCUGCCUCCAUGACUGCCUCCAGGUUCCCGGUUAUGCCUGAUCAAUCUUGCUCUAUAAUUGGUGUCCAACCUCUUAAUAAUAUCUUCAGAACUGAGACUCAAACCAAGUUAUUAAUCACAUUUUACAAUUAUUUUAUUUUCUUAACACAAACCGAGGAAAGGUUUUGAUCUGAAAAACUUCUUUUGCUACUGCUUUAUGUUUUUUUUUCUCGGGAAUAAUAAUCUGUACGUUUUUUUUUUUUUUUUUUGGGGCUGAGAAAGAACAGAUGGUGUUUCCGUGGGUGUUUGAUGAGAUGGGUGCCCUGACGCAUUUAAAAGAGGCCGCUAACUUGCUAUCUGAGAAAGAGGACUGGCCUUCUCUCUAUGACAUUGAUGCCCUGAACAAGAACGAGGUAUUGACUUUCUCGCUCUACAAGUCCACCACCUGCCUCUAGUUGGUGUUCCUAGCGUAAAACGAUUCCCCUUGUUCUUACUUGCGAUCGUAGCUUUCUCUUACUGUUUUUUUUCUCUCUCUCUCUCUCUUAAAGAGGCAUAGGGAAGGGGGGGGGGGGUGUUUGACUCGGGGGUUUUGACUGGUUGACUUCGGAGGCGCAGGUUCCGGUGGCGGCUGCGGUGUACUACGAGGACAUGUACGUGAACUUCAAGCUGUCGAUGGAGACGGCGUCCCAGAUCGCGGGGAUCAGGCUAUGGAUUACCAACGAGUUCAUGCAUUCCGGGCUCCGGGACGGCGGGGGGCAGGUCCUCGACCACCUCUUGGGGAUGCUCAAGGGGGGCAGGCCUUUGUUUUAG